AUGAAUGUGAAUCAAGCAAUCGAAGUAGAACUGACGCUUCCCACGUUAAUCGAGCAAUACCUUCAAUAUUGUGUUAGAGAUGUGACGAUUCAGAUGUCGAUGAAAGCUAAGAUCAGGCGAAUCUACAAGUAAGUAAGCUGCUUCUUGGCUAUAUUUAGGUGGACUAAAGUUUUGGGUAACCUCGUUGUGAGGAAUGCCAUGAAGAUUGUAGCCAACAAGAGAAUUGCCAUCUUCCAUGAUCAGAAUCGCAAGAGACAAUCGUUCUUCAAGGUGGGGAAUGAGGAGAGCUGGCUGCCCGUCAACAAGAUCCAUCUGAAUUCAAGGCAUUGUAACUGUGCGUACUUUAAGGAUAUUGGUAAGAAUUUUUGGCACUUUUAAUAAAUGUUUUUACUAAAUAAAAAUGUUUUUAAAUCGAUUUAAUCUAAAUUUAGUUAACGAUUACUAGCCUGAAGGUACCUAAAAAUUUGUUGUCGGAUUUUAUUAAAAUAAGGAGAUGUUUUAUUUAAUAAUUUAUUUGUUUUUUUAGUUAUGAAGAGUUCGAAAGGAUACCUGGUAAGUUUCUUGCAAUGUUGUUGUACUUCCUUGUUUAGUGUCAGCACCUGACAGCUUUGAGGAUUGUACAUGCACUCAAUAUUGCUUAUUACACUACGACUAAAGACUUAUCAACGGAAGAUUAG